AUGAGGUUAUUGCAGAAAACGGCGUGGCAGACCGAAAGUUCGGAAGAGCACGGCCAAGAACCGAUGCGCCGCAACGAAUCCUUGGAACGUGUCAUUUCGAUUCUGCCACCGUUGCCCACGAAUCCGCCGCCGGACCUUACAGAAACGGAUGACGGCGGCGGACAGCCGGCCAUCGACUUGAGGUGACCCCUCCGUCGUCUAUCCCAGCCGAGCUUCUUCCUAUCGUGUUUUUGGGCUUCCCCUAUUGUUCUUCUCUAAACUUUUAGAGACAGAUUCUGCUCUGUGAAAACUGUCGCUUUUUAACUAUUUCAUGAAUAAUUUUGUUAAUCGUUUCGAGAUGCCUUCUAUCUAUUUGUUUUAAUAGAGAAAAUUAGAUUGAAAUUUUCAUUUUAAUUUGAACUGAAAGAAGCAGAACAUUUUAGAGCUCAAUUCUUUUCGAAAAUUUCGUUUCAUAGUUUUCAUUUAGGCUUCAAAGUUCCCAUCAAUGAAGCUAUUUCAAGUUUCUAUUGAGGAGCUUUUUCACCAGUAAAAAAGAUCGAUGCCGAGUGUUUUUUUUUGCUCAUUAUUGAGAAAUUUCUGGGUAUGGUUAGAAAUUAAAAUUAGGUUCAUUUUCACCUUUCGUCACCCCUGUAAACCCGGUCUUGUUCUGCUCUAGGUUGUCCGAGUGUCCGUGUGACUCGUUACAACACACGUUCCAUCCAACCUGAACUCGUUCGCCAGCCAAAAAAUUCCCUCUUUCUCUGCUCUUAUCGUUUUUCCCCCUUGGUUCUUAAUUGUAGUAUGAAAGAUUUAUAUAUCACUUUAUUUAGACGAUAUGGCGGAUUUUUUCGAUAUCUCUCAUUAUUCUCUUCUUCACUUCAUUUCUAUCGAUUUUUCUUUUGGAAACAAGAUAGGUCAACCGUCUGCGAGUCUCUUAUCUAAAUUUGAAGAUGAUUAUUCGAUGUCUCCCAAUAAUUUUUUAAGCAUGUAUCAUAAAUCGAAACGUUUUCAUGAGUAUUUGCUCAAGUUUAUAAUAAUAAUAAUAUUUAUUGCACAUGAGGCUACAUUGUUGCUGUUUUUCUUUCUGUUAAUACGUAAAUUGAAACGCCUUAAUUUUGUCGCGGUAAGCGUUAUACUUAUCGCUAAAGGUAAUUUCAACGUUUUUUGUGACUUCUCCCUUUAUUCAAUAACGUGUGAUUUUUAUUCUCGGUGUACUGGCGAAGUUUCAUGAACGUGUGACAGCUUGUUCUCACAUGAAAAAUGCAAAAAGUGUGAGUUGGGAGAGUGAAUAAACUUUGUUGAGUGGACUCUGAUUCCGCAAGAGUCGAAGAAAAGAUUGCCUUUUGUAAUCCCAAAAACACCAGAAACCAUCAUUUUCUCCACUAUAAUGAUAGCAAACAAACUUAUGUCAAAUGAAACGCAAAAACUUUUGUACCAAGUUUCAUUAAACUCCCAACAAACUAGAUUUUGCACUUCCAAAGUCAAUGCAGUGUUUCUUUUUGAUAAAAAUAAUUAUAUGUCUGAUUGAUCCCUCACGUAAAAUCCUUCUUCAUAUACACAUGGGCACUUUUUUAUAAUAAAAUUCAAUUGACUAUUCAAUACAAAUUUAAGCCACGCCUCGUUUUCUGCAGUUGUGGCGCGGUAUCUGCUUCUCGUUUUUCCGCACUGUGCCCUCAGAAACGUCUUUUAAUACCUUUCCUUCAAAAAAGUUUCCGUAUUUGGUGCUUUCAUGGAGUUUCCUGUUUGCCUUGAUAGCAUGUCUCUUUAGAUUUUUUUCCAGUUGAGCUUUAAAUUUCCCAUCGCUUUUUGUCAGUUUCGCAACCUGUUUUUAUUUAAUUUUCAUUUUUUUCACUUAGUCGGUUAAUUAUUUUUCUUAUUGCAGCCAAAACUUCUCAGAGGAAGCUGCAGAAGGUGCGAGAAAAGUACAACCAACGUCAACAACUUCUUCGUACUAUUCGGCCAACUCUUCUCCUCAGAUUCCGCCAUCCACGACCUUUUACGAGUUCCGCUACCCAAAAAGUGACAGCAACGACGCCACCCCAGGCAUUCGUCUAGCUUCUUCUGAUUCGCCUCUCAAACUUCCUAAUCUUUCGAUCUACUCCCAGGCUUCUUCGCCGUACUUGACGUAUCCGUCAAGUGUCAGUACUGAGGGUUUUAUCUGCUUAUUUAGUUUUUCUCAUCAAAUGUUCAGAGGAUCUCCCAUGGAGCAGAAGUCGUCGGUCUCCCACAGUUUACAGUAACUACGAGGAGAACGGAAGAGAUCCGUCAAAAAUGAUGAUCGACAAAGAACUCGUUGGUAACGAAGUCGGUUCGACUGUGACUUCGGCGCCGUGUGAUCACGACCAAGGCUUCAUUUUGGCUAAAAACGACCGCCUCACACCCGUCAACUCGUUGGACUCUCUCUCAGAAGGUACGACCAGCUUUCCUGUAUAAUUUAAGUACAUCCGCUUGUAUAGUAGUCACUUGCGAUAGAUGCGCCAGAUUUUCACGAAAAUUAUUUUUUUCAAGAUAGAUGGCUCUAUAAAUUUUCAAGUUUUAAAAAACUUCAGCAAACAAGGGGAAUAUUUUCGUAAAAAAAAAAGAAGAAAAUUCAGGAUUUUUGUCACAAAUUUUUUCAUAAAAUAGCUGCUAAAAGUGAAAUUGUUUAAAAAAGCCAUCAAUGGAACAAAAAAAAUUACCUGAUAAAAGGUAAUAUUUAACCUCUCACACAUCCAAUAAGAGUUAAUUAUUGCGUGCGGCAAUCGGCUUGAAACCCAAAAAAAAAAUGCAACUUGGUGUUGAUUUUUUAGGGAAAUAUCCCCACAACACCAAACCGUCUUCGUUCUCUGGAGAAUUUUCUAAAAGAAGUCACUCUGUUGGUGAGAUUUCUUUUUCUUUUUUUUAGAAGUUAUAAAUUUGUAUAUAUAUCCCUUUUUCAAAUAAAUCUUUUCAGGUGAUCUUAUCUUGUCUAGAGGUCUGAAUGGCAGGAGGUCUCUUCAAGGAAGUCUUGAAGAUAUGGUGAGAAUUCAUUCAUUUUUGAUUUUUACCGACUCAAUAAAAAUAGAGAAUAUUGUCUAAUGAAGAUUGGAUAGUCAUAGUACUUGAGAUUUUUCCUUUGGGGGGGGGGAGCGUAUAUUUGUCAGUUGUUAGAUUGUUUCAUUAAAGGAGAGCUUAUAUACCAAAAAAAUUUUUUUUAUGUUUCCAGGAGUCGCAAAAGACGAAUGACAACGAAAACGACAGGAGACCCGACUUUGACGAAGUUUUUCCGACGAUCGCCGGAAUUCGAUCGGGCUGCGACGGUUUCAGAAGACGUUAAUCCUCCUUCCUUCCAAUGUGAUCCGAACGUCGGUUUUUUUCAUUUUCAUAAAUUGGAAGGAUAUCUUCUUCUCUAUAUUUCAAUAUGCUGUGUUUAAAGUGGUUCCGCGAAAUUCAAAAUAGCCGCCGUAGAUUUAAAAAAAAAAUCUUGAUUUUCGAUAGUCGGUUAUUUAGGUUUCUCAUACGUUCGAAGUGAUAUCAAUUUUUUUUUUGUAAAAGUUGGCUACAACUUAAAAAUUAAAAAAAAAAAAACGUUUCUAUUUUCCAAUCUUUCGUUUUUGGACUGGAAAUAUGCGCCUACAGGGAAGAAAAAUUUGAACGAUGAUUUUCGCGCUGUUCUGAGCCCUGUUGGUCGCUGUGUGCUUAGCGAGGCAAUUUAUUGCAGGAUUACGACUACGUGCCCUCGCCGGACUGCUACACGCUAGCUUUCCCGGCGUUCCCGGCUUCUUCCACCGACGUCGAGUCAGCCGCUCAUUUUUCUGGUGAUUUUCAUACUUUUUUCUCACUUUGUGUGGAUUUUGUCUCUCUCUACUGUGCCAUGUUCAAAAUAUUCAUACUUUUUUUUUCUUAAACGCAGGUUUUUUUUUUCUUUAGAGAUUUUACUAAGAACAGCUUCGUUUUCUGAUUCAGAGGAACAGUUCGAAUUUUUUUUGUCACAUAUAAUAUAUUCAGACUUCGAAGUAAGAUUUUUUCAACGUUCUCAAACAUUUUCAAAUUUAGUUGUAACUUUUUUGCAAACUGUAGUUCAGAAGAGUUCAUAUUAUGAGGCAGUUUUUACGAUUGACUUGGUUCUGUACGGAAGGAAAGGUUGAAAAGAGACUUUAGUUUUUUUUUUUUGACGCACCGUUGCCCUUUCCUCUUUGUUUCAUGCACACCAUGCUACCUGUCGGACAGUUACUCACUAGACUUUUUGUACGUUUUGCAAACUUCUCAGCUCUUUGUCAGAAGGAUUUACAUAUAUUGUUUUGAAUAAUCAUCCUGUUCCAGACUCGAAUGUAAUCAGUGGCAGUCGAGUGAGCUUCGAAGACCGAAAACCUGAACUGCCUGCAAUUUCCGAGGAGUCCGAGGUUUGAAACAGCAAAAAAGGGCCCCAAUUCGAACUUUUUCUCCAAAGAAGAAUACAGAAAUUAGACGACUUGAGGGUUUUUUGCCGCAUUCUUCCUGGCUUUCACGUUCCAAAACGCUCAUUUUUCGAAUUUGAUCGACGGGAAAGCCCGAAUGACCGAAGCAAUCGUAGAAAUGCCGAAAUUCACGCGCACGAGCUCCCGAACACUCAUUUUUACCGCGGUUUUAACGAAAUUCUCUCGAGGGAGAACAUCUUGAGUGCCUGAGUAUAUGUUGCAAGAGGAAAACGUGGAUGGUUUGAAGGUGGAGCACGGAACUUCGCGGAAGUCUUCAGUGGACGCGGUUGAGCUCUCCUACCCCAUGACCCACUGUGCGAGUGCUCCAUCGAACUCGUUCCGAGAAGUCGUAGGAAGACAAGGCUCCAUUGCUCACAGGUUCUCAUUUUUCCCGUCUUUCCUUUUUUCGAACCUCUUCAUUUCAGACGGGCUAUCAGCGAUCAUGCGGGAGAAAAUCGUCUGAAGAGGAGCGAAGAAGUUGAAAACGUUGACAGAUGUGGCGUUGAUGAGGUAACGCCAGAGUUUAUGAAUCGACCAUUUUGAAACCUUUAUUUUCGGUGUCGUGGCUUCUUUCAAAAUCAGAACUUCUGCUAAAAGAUACUUCUUCUGUUCUCAAAACUUGAUUUCAAGUUACUCUCCCGCUUUUUUCAUGACUUUCUUCUUCAUAUGAGAUAGUUGUCGCUUGAAAACACAAAAAUAACAGCAGUUGAAUUUUUUGUUGAGAGAGAAAACCAAGUUUUUUGCCAACGAAGCUUUAGAAAAUUUCAGAUUUUUGGCUCAUUUACCGUAUGUAGUUAUGUUUACAGUUUCCAGACAACAAAACAGCUAGAUGAAACUAUUCUGUUAAUAGAUCAUCACCAAUCUGAGUUACCCUUUUUCGGAGGGAAAAAAUAAUUCUGGAUUGAAGAAAUCGGUUCAGUGGAUUCAGAUGAACAACUCGAAGGCGUUCGGAGGAGUUCGAUGCAAAAGUAUGAUGCUGGUCCUGGAACGAAACGAAGAGGAGCACGAGCCUUCGGACGCUCGAUCCAGUGACCGUCUUCUACAGGACAACUCUUCCACCUACUCUGAUCGCUCUACUGUCGCAAUGAGUUCUUCGUUUGAUGAAAGUCCGACGCAUGUCGUGGGCGGUUAGUGUUCCUUCCAAUAGGUCGGCUUCAAAAACUUUGAGUAAAAAAAAGUUACUUUUUGAUCAUCUUAUAGUGAAGAUAUAUUUAGAUCCAUAGCUCGUCAAUAAGGCAUUAAAAAAAGUCUAAUAUCAAACAUUUUUGCAAAAGAAUAUGUGAGGACAAUCUUAAAAGUAGGUUGACGGACUUCGCUAAUUUUUCAAAAUAGGAAAUUUAAUCGAAGAGUAUGAGAGUAUAUUCUGUUUUUUCGCGACUUGAAAUUGUUUUUUCUCUGCGUUUCCUCGUCUCGGCGAACAUCUCAUGUUGUUGUGCUGUUUUCAUGUUUCUCUGACCUCGUCGGUGAGGGAACAGAGAGACGCAGACGCUCUAAAAGUUUCAAUUCGUGGCGAAUCAGAAGGAAAAAUAGCUCGGAAAAAAAUGCUUGAGAAAAAUAAAGGGGGUGACGCAGGAUCCAUGGGCGGACCGACGAUAACGUCGACGCCUUCUUCGGAGCCACCACCAGUGCGACUGGCCCGGAAGGCGUCAUCCUCUGCGGCGCGACCUGCCGGAAAGGCCUCCGACCAGUCUUGGAAGAACCAGUUCCCAUCUUUCGCCUCAGCGCAUACUGUAAGUUUUCCUCCUUUUUUAUAGAUUCUAAAUCUAGGUAUCAGAAGCUCUUUAAAUAAACGAAAAAAAAACCAUUUCUUUACUUCCCAGCUCAGUUUCUUUUCAGAUAAAUUGGAUCCUACGGCGGUAAGUCGCGAAAUGUCGUGAUUUCUUUGUUGGUGGCUUUUUGUGUUUGAUUCGUCACUCUUCUGUAUGAAAACUUCUAGUCAGAUAUUUUGUUAUAGGUAUAUUCACCUGCUUCGCUCCCUUCUCGGGAUAACGGCCCAAGAUCUGCAGGCAUACAUAACGAGAGUAGCGGAACGAUAUCCGCCUAUUCGAGGUAAGAUGUCGCCCAAUAUUUGGACCUGGGAGCAUACUAAAAAUGGAAAAAGUUAUCUAAAGAACUGAAAGGAGAAUUGGGGAGAAUAUUUUUUGUGAAUGUAGCUUUUUGAGUUUCUUUUUUCUCUCAUGAUAAAUAACGAGUCACGGUUGAUUUUUUGGAUAAGUCUUCACUUCUGUUCUUGUUCGUUAUACCCUAGCAGUUCACCCAUCUGUCUUUGUUUUCUCCUCAACUUUUUGUCAUGCGUACGCUUUGUUGGCUACUACCGUGGGAGUGAGGUGGUUGAUGUUGGGCCUUGUUUCAUUUUAGCCGUUCACCUUCGCCACCAUCCAACGGGCUUUUAUGCAAGUCAACGCCUUCGUCUCAAGCGCCGGUCGACUUUUCAUUCCUGACCACGACAAGCGACCCGCCGCCGCUGUCGUCGCUGAUCCGAGUCGUGUCGACGUCUUCAGUCGCCACAACGAUCGGACGACAUGAGCCGUCGUUCAUGAGACGCAGUCUGCGACAAUUGGUCCGUCGCAGCAGAGCCGCGUUGCGUACCGACGUACGAGACAAUUCCCACAACCGUCGACGUCCUCCCGGUGCCUCCGCCGUAGCCAACAACGCCGUCUCUUCGUUUGCUCGCGGCAAGAAACAAAGGGUCAAACCUAGGUUCGCUUUUUGUGUGCAUGUUCAACCAACUGUUUUGAAAGCUUUUCCUUGUGUUUGCUGCGUGUUUUUUCUCACUUUGGAUUGUGUUUAUGGAACCUCCAUAGAUGUACUAUGAAAAAUUUUCUAUUUGCGGCUUCUCACCAAAGUAAUUGGAAAGGAAAAGAAAAUUUCGAUCGCAUUUAUAAAUUUUACUUUUAAGCAGAGCACCGUGUUUUUCUAAAUACAAAAGCACCGGAAAAAACGUUCAAAAGUUGCCUGUGAAACUUUCUUGCAAUUUUUUCACAAAUCAUUCACAUGGUCUCUGCAUGUUUUGUGUUACACUUUUUCAGUUUCCGAAAAUGAGAAAAAUCAAAAAAUGGUUAGAAUUCAAACUUGAAAGUUUUUGAUUCAGUAUAACUCUCGAAUGAAAUCAAAGCCGAUUUGAAUGACUUUCUUAAUUAUGUUCAGGAACAACAAAGUGAAUAAGAAGGAAAAGACUGGAUCGGACACGUUUACAUUCGGCAACCUUUUCCGCAAGAAGGCAGGUUUUUUGAUCGAAUUGGCAACUUUUGGAACACUAUUGAGAGAUGAUCUUAGUAUUUUCAGCAGCCGCGUGGGAAUCUGCACGAUAUAGUCAGUGACCUAGACGCUCGGAGCAAUUUGACGUCGAUCGACGGCCAGACGACGCCGAGCCUCGCUUCCACUCCCACUGUGACGUCGAUUCCGUCUCUGGCUGUCAGUUUCUUGUUCCGCGUAUAAAGAUAUGACGUCAUUGGAGUUGUUCGAAAAAUCGGAAUAUUCUAUUCUCUUCAAUGUAUCUAACAGUAUUUCAUGUAAAUAGUAAUAUGAGGUUAUCUUGAUCGAAAAUUUAGCUUGAAAAGUACCAGAAGUCGCUUCAUUUCAAUUAUAAGGAGAAUUUUUUUGCUGACCAAAUGGAUUCUGAUUUUCAUAUAAAUUUCUGUCAUUGCUUUUCCGGUAGGCCGAAACUGCCAGCUCAAAUUUACGAGCUUCUAGUUUGAGAUUAUUUUUUCUCGGCUAAAUCAGUGCUUAAGUUCAAAUUAAUUUUUUUUUUGUGUGAAGUUGACGUCUCAAAAUUUAUUUUGUUAUUUUGUAAUUUUUUUGGCAAUAGACCUGCCCGCUUGUUUUCAGAAUUGAAUAAGGAAUAGUUAUUCAUGAAAUUUUUUCAUUUCAUUUUUUCAGAGGAGAAGCGUAUCUGCGUCGGUUUUUGGCGGCGAAGGAGCUUCUAUCAACGAUCACUCAUCCCUCAAUGGUGAGAUAAUACUACCUAUUUCGGAACUUUUCGAUUUCCCUUUUGCAACUUUGACGUGUAAUUUUUCGACGAACCAACAGUCCAAAAAUUCGAAAAUGCGUUUUGUCUGUGGAUGCGCCUUUGGGAAAUGCCGCCGGCAACAUUAUUUCUUUUCUUCAUUCCGCCACAUUCGUCGGCCUCCGUUCACUCCGUUUGUUCCCUCCGCAGCUUCAUUUGCUGCCUGGAACAGCGAUGCCACGUCGGUCGGACUCGCCGCGAAAUCGUCGUGCCUCUGUUGACGUCGCAGAGGCGUUGAAGACUUGCAAGCCGUCGCGAUUCGUCCAACGACACCAGACCUUUUACCAAUGUGUCGCUAGACCCAGCAUUUGUGCCUACGUGACUGGGGGACCGCGCCAAAGUUGGUCUCAAAUUUCUUGUCAGUACUUUUCUUUUUGGCCAUUUAUGGGAUGGGAAUGCUUUGAAAAUGCUUGGUUUUAGACGAGUCUGAGUUUUCAGAGUUUGUGGGCUCAGCUAAUAUGGUUUUAACUUUGAAACGUUUGGUACUUUCAUUCAGACUUUAGAGAGGAUUAUCUGCUGUAUCGUGGAAUAAUUGAAGAGUUGUUCGUCGGCUCACGAAACUGUUGUUUAUCAAGAACUGCGAGUAGAGCAUCUCGCCCUUCUUGAGUAGAUGUAGAUGAGUUAUGAGCUGCUUCUCCAUUCUUUGCUUUUAAUUUUUGAUGUAUUUUCAAUGCUUUUAUGUUUUUUUGUCCUAACGGGAUUAAUUUAUAAUGUCCAUCAAAUUCAAAAAAAUGAAAAUAUUGUUUUAGACAUUUGUUCAGUGGGUACAAUCUUCGAGCUCGUUUUUUCAAUAGCCGAGUAAUUUUUUUUUUAACCCAUUUUUUUUCUCACCUGAAGAGUCUGGAAGGACUUCUCGACUUCUAUUUGUAAUCGCAUACUUCGCAACGUCUCAUUUCCGCUAAUAGCCACCUUUUUCUCAUAUUAUUUUCAUGUUUUGGAACGGGGAAAUCCUCAAAUAGCCUUACCUUCAUAACUUAGUGCUCAAAUGCUAACAUACUUCAAGUUUUUUUUAAGAAGUGUACUUUCUCAUUUUUUGAUUUCACGCACACAAAGAGUCAUGGCUCACAGUUUUUCUGAUAAUUGAACGCUUUUAGAAGACGCUUUUAGAAAAGUCGCUCUGAUGAGACUCUCAUUUCCAAAUUCAUGAAACAAAAUACGUUUUUCCCAAGAGUCUAUGUAGUAAAGAAAAAAAAGUUCUGACAUAGUUUACCACAAGAAAACCAUGUUUGAAAGAGAUUAUCAUCGAAAAAUAUUCUAAAUUGGAAAAAUCUUUUUCUCAAAGGAGAUAUUUUCUUAUGUGUCCAAUUAGAUUUUUUUAUUUUCUGUUUCAAUGUGUCCUGCCUCGCACUUUGACCUUUCUUUCGGAAAAUAUCUCUUCAUGAUCUACACUUCAUAUCUUUUCGAUCAUUCAUGUUUUUCAUUCUUUCGAAUUUGGUUCAGCGUUGAAAUAGUUCGCUUCUACAUGCCUUAGAACUCGCAAAUCAAAAAAAAAAAACUUAGAAGCCCAAGUUGCCAGAAAAUGUGUCUAAUAAGCUUUAAAUUUGUAUGACAGGGCAUUCCAAAACAGGAAGUUUGAACUUCUGUUUUGAAAUCAAUCGUGAAUCAUCAAUCGAUGCUACUUCUGUUGUGGUUUUUCGAGUUUGAAUGUUUAUAUGAUCUUUGAGAAGAACCUUGCUCCCCGGAGAGCAUUUACGGAAAUAAUAUGCCUUUGCAAUAUCGUGUUUCAAUAGAAUAUCUCGCUCUUGUGAUUUCUUUUUGAGCAUUUUUUUGUUUCUUUCUCUUCUUUGUCACCCUUUCAGGCUUUUGAAAUUCGCUCUUUCUUUUCUUUUUUUUUCACUUAGUAAUGUUGGCUACUUUAUGACUAUGAGAGAAGGAAUUCCCAACUUUAUGGUAAUCUAAUUCUAUCAAAUUUUUUUCUCUGUUCUUUAUGAUCAGAUUUUGACAAUUGACAACAGAAGUAAGUUCUCAGAAAAAUUUUUUUCAAAGUUUAUACGCUUCUGUUUUUUGUUUCACAUGAAUUGCACGUUUUUUCUCUGUAUCGCAAAAGUGUAUUGAUUCCAUCUGUUGUUUUUCCAAAAUCUAUUUUUUUCAAGUAUGAUUUCUGAUCAUCGCGUAUAAUUAUUCAGUUUUUUUUUCAAUUAACACGCCUCUAGGGUUAUAAACAGAAUAAUUCUAUUGAAUGAUUUCAAUUUAUUGCAAAAUAUCUUUGUUUAGUUCGAUCAAAACUGGACUUCAUUCGACAGCUGUUGACGACAAUAACUUUUCGGAACUUUUGGGCCCAGAAAUAGUUCCGCGAUUUCUGUCAUGGGACUCAAAAACGAGAAAGAAAUCUUUGCAAAACGCUCAUUUUGGCGUCCAUUAAGAGAGGCAGUUGGACGUAAACAGGUGGAAGAUAUUUUGAUAGGGCGCGUGGUGGUCUCUGGGAACGCGCCGUCAAGUGCUCCGUGGACAACUGGGGGUCCGCCCUCAAAUGUUUCUGAACAGCAAACACCUGCGUCAGGCAAACCGACAAACAGCAAAACAACGGCCAGACGCAGAUUCUCACUCCCGCCGUUGAUACCCAAGAAGGACGCUCUGAAAAGUUCGCUUUCGCGCAAGUCCACUCCUCUCGUUGUAACCAGAAGCGUCGCGACCUCGAUGGGAGCCGUCGGAGGCGAUCAUCCCAAGCAGUCGAGGCAUCGCAGCCUCGACGUCUCUUCCUGGAUCUCUCGGAAGAUUUCAACCCUUUUGACCCAACUAACCUAUAGCGGUCAUGGAACCGGCACCUACGGCGACGACUUCCGAAGGUUUUCGAGUCCUGCUGCCAAAACUCCUGGAUUCCACUUCGACAACUUAUAUUUCGACGAAGCGCCCAGAGAAAAUAUUCCGCUUCAUUACGGGUCUCGACAGUUUUCUUCUCUUGUCAACGAUGACAUGGAAGAAUGUCCAGUCGACGUCGCCGCCAUUUUCAAGAGGCAAUUGCGAGAAUGUAUUCGAUCAAACGAUUACCGCGGCAUAUUCACUUGCAUAAAAUCUGCCCAGCCAAAUUAUCUACUUUGUCGUUCGAGUUCGGACUCUGAACUCAAUAUUACUUCAAGCUUCAUCAAUUCCCCAUUUGUGCAGUCUCGAGAACUUCAAUCUACAAUCGAUCGUCAUGGUCUUAUUGUCGACAACUUAGGGACCGGUUUGUUAAUUCCCUGACCGAACAAAAUGCGUGUUUUUUUGUUCAGAACUCCUGGAAAGUUUCGUGAAAGGAGCUCUUAUCACGGAGAACAUGUGUUUGGUGACUCCUUCGUUUUGGGAGGAAGAGUCGAACUUUCGAGAAAAGCCCCGUGUGCCAUUGCGCCAGCAGUCCUCGUUGAGCGCCACCGAUUCUGGCUGUUCUUCUAGGAAAAGCGCCGACAGCACUUCCACAGUCACGUCACGCAAUUCGAGUUUUGGUGUGCUUCCCAUCCUCGUUUUUUUUUUCAUCGAAAUGUUGUCGUUGUGUGCAUGUGUUGACGCUUAUCUAUGAGUCGGUCUAUCAAAGGUCUAAACCGAGUCAUUUGGUCUUGAAUGGCGACUGUUGGUUGUUGAGGAAAAAAAAUAAGAGAUUUAGAACGGGGAGGCUUUCACAAUGAUGAAUGGAACAGCGAACAAUAACGAAACCAACGCGUUCAGGUUUGCCGGACCACAUCUCGCGCAUGGUCUUGUCCUCGGAUGCGGGCGAAUCUCCGCUUUCCCCCAACUUCACGUCUACUACGUCCUUAGUUCAGCAGCUGUGAGUUUAUUUUUUCUAUUCACGAAAUUUCCUUCAAAAAAAAAUUAGUUUAAAUUAGUUCUCAGCAGGUUUUUAGAUAACCCGAGUUUAGUCAAAAUGAUAUACAAGUAUUCAAAAAAUUAAACGUCGAACAGAAAUUGAUUGUUAUUACCAAUUCACCAUUGCUCAUGACUUUUAUUUGACUUUGAGAUUUGAUGAAUGAAUAAAAGCUCAUUUUUCGCGACAGCUGUCUCUUUUGAAAUGGGCUCAAAAUUUCGUAGAAUUUCACGUUUUACGGCUAAUUGUGUUUGGUACCCUUCCCUCAUCAAAGGUGAUCGUCAUAUGUCGCUGUUUUUUGUUGAUUUUCUUUGACAAUGGUUUUUCUCAAUGACGUGAUAUUUUUGCUGUGAGGAAAAAAAUUUCGUUUCGAAAUUUCAGUGUAUGCAAAAAAGAAAGACAGCUGCGAAGGAAGGAUUUCAAUCGAUAUUGUUUUUUGAUUUUUCAGUGAAGCUCGAUGGGGCAGAUAUGGACUUUUCGAAAAGGAGCAAUAUCAAUCAUGGCACGAGAAAAAUCGACCGAAAGAUUUAUCGACGAAAGCCAUCAGCAAACAAGAUGCCAUUUACGGUUCGUCCAGUAUUGAUUCACACUCAAAAAGAAAUAUUCAUUUUUCAUUUUGAGAAUAGUGGUUUGUUCAAUUUUAUUGGAUUAGAUCACGUGAAGUUUCGGGAAUUUUUGUUCAGAAAAUACUGGUAAACUUCAAUCUUGAGAUCAUUCGAGAGUCGAUAUACUGAAAAGAUUAUUGUGACCCCCAAAAAGCAAGUUUGACCCACUAACCACUAUAUUCUGUUCAUAUUUAUGCAAGUCAUGGCUCAAACUCCGCCCCUUAUCUGUAGAUCAAACCUAUCAGAGAGCGAGCCAACAGAGCGUUGUUGGGGGCGGAUUUUGCUGCUUGACACUCAAAAUCUGAAAAGACUGUACGUGAUAAACGGUUCACCACUUUUUGCAUAAGAUCCAUGAUAUUUUUUAAAAAGAAAAAGAAAAAACUGUUUUUUUUUUCAGAGCUGUUUCUUAUCGAGAAACGUCACUGCGCAAAUGUCGCUCUUUUGCUGCAGGUUGUUAGAAUUCCAUUACCAUUAAAAGGGAAGUUUUUAGGGAUUCCGGCUAAGAAUGCUCGAUGAACAAGUUAUUUCUGUUCAUGAGGCCAACAUUUUGAUCCCCGACGUACUGGACCCCUUGAUGACUUUCCAUCUUCGGAUCCUCGAACGUUUGCGGGAAAGAAUGAGCGAGUCUGUCGAAGUUUCCAGCAUCUCCGACAUCAUAGUCGAGGAGGUUUUCAUUUUUUUAAUCAAAAAAAUAAAUAAAUAACUUCAGAUAAAAAAAAGUAAAAGAAUUAUAAUCAUUGAAAGUUUCUUAUAACGUCACUAGAUAGCUUAAUGAGAAUUUUGACGGAUGGUUUUGGGGCUUCGAUUGUUUUAAAUUUAUUUUUUUCAUGAACAACGACCUAUAAAAUGAUAUUUUUGCCGUUUGCGUUUUAGAAUUUGUAAUAAACCUUUAUUUUUCAGCUCUCUCCGGACGGCAUGUACACGGAACUUUGCAUCAACGCCUACACGACCUUCGGAGUUGCGAAACAACGAUCGGACGACAUGUACACCUACCUCAUCUCGAAAAACAGCAAAUUCGCAGACUUCAUCCGGGUGGGUCAAAAUACUUUCUUCAAGUUUUCCGAAACUUAGAAAAAAACAUGUUAUGUAUAUAAUGCAAAUCGCAUAUGAAGUUUUCUCACCAGGGAAUGGUCUCAGCUCACAGUGGGACUUCUGAAUGAGACCACUUUUCCUAGAUGUAGUUUUUCAUGCUGAUUCCAAAUCCGUUCUCAAAAGCUGCCACCGAGGUCUUUGAAAAAAGUUAUGGACCUUCAAAAGUCAAAAAUAUCAUAGUCUCCGAUUGAGUUCAUUUUUGGAGGGUAUAUAGGUCUUGUCCCUCCGGUCACGAAAAAUCAUGGAAUUUUUCUCGAAACAAUUUUGAAGCCAAGAUAUGACCUUUCAAAGCCCCGCCGCACACAAGAGAAUGCGCGCGCGGUGUCCUAUUGCGAUCCGACGGCUGUCGAAGCAACGGCAGCGAGGAGCAGUGGAAAGGCGGCGGACUGAGGAGCACGAUGUCAUAGGUUCGGUCCCCACGCUGUGCAAAAUUUUUUUGCAUUUUUUUUUCUUUUUUAGAUAUUUCCCUGUUAGUGCUCCUUUUUCGAGUUUUGAGGUGUAGAAACAGGAAAAUACUGCGUUUUGAACCUAUUCAAACAGCUGGACUUCUUUUUGUCGCAAAUUUUUUUCAUGGAUUUUUUCGUGAUUUUCCAUGUGUAUGAGCAUAGGUUGGAGUGUCGAAAUUUUCAGAAAAAUAGUUUGGUUUUUUUUAAAUUUUUUCUUUUUCCAAAUAUUGUCUAACCCCAAGUCAUCAUAGCUACGCGUGCCGAUCACAGAAAAAAAAAUUUUUUUUUUUCUUUAAUAAACUCUUGGUGCUUUGCAGUGGGCUCACCUAUGAGCGUCGCCUUUUGCCGUCUGACUAUGAACUUUCAGAAAUUAUGUUGAACGAAAAAAUUUUGUGGGAGUUUGUCCUAACUGUUUUAUUUAUGAAUCAGAAAAACCUUCUCGGAAAUUUCAGCCUCAACCUGAAAUAAAAUUGAAAGUUUUUUUCUUCUCGUAGAGUGGUAAGUGAAAACCGCAGUCUGAGAAAGUCAGUGAAAAAGUUUAUGCGUUUUCUACCAGCGCAGUUAUGAUAACUUGGGUCUAGACAGCUUUUGAGAAAGAAAAAAAAACCAAAUAAUUUUUCUGAAAAUUUCGACACUCCAACCUAUGCUCAUACACAUGGAAAUUCAUGAAAAAAUCCAUGAAAAAAAUUUGCGACCAAAAGAAGUCCAGCUGUUUGAAUAGGUUCAAAACGCAGUAUUUUCAUGUUUCUACACCUCAAAACUCGAAAAAGGAGCACUAACAGGGAAAUAUCCAAAAAAGAAAAAAUGCAAAAAAAGUUUGCACAGCGUGGUGACCGAACCUAUGACCUCGUGCUCCCCAGUCCGCCGCCUUUCCACUGCUCCUCGCUGCCGUUGCCUCGACAGCCGUCGGAUCGCAAUAGGACACCGCGCGCGCAAUCUCUUGUGUGUUGCCGGGCUUUGAAAGCUCAUAUCUUGGCUCAUAAAUAGUUUUUGAAAAAAUUUGAUGGUUUAUCGUAACAAGGGAAACAAGGACUAUAUACCCUCUAAAAAUGAGCUCGAUCGGAGACUAUGAAAUUUUUGACUUUUGAGGGUCCAUAACUUUUUUCACAGACCUCGGUGGCAGCUUUUGAGAACAGAUUUGGAAUCAGCAUAAAAAACUACAUCUAGGAAAAGUGGUCUCAUUCAGAAGUCCCACUGUGAGCUGAGACCAUUCCCUGGUCAGGCCUUUUUUACCGUAUACAAAGGCCAAACAGUAUACAUCUUAUUGCAAGAAUUUCGAUAUUUACCCUAUGCAAAAAAAUAUCUUAUGGUCACUAUCGAAGGGUUCCUCUUGAGCUACUUUUCUCAAAGAAAUAUUCAGAAAAGCUUUUUAGCGCGUUUCUCAAGAACAUCUCUACCGCGGACAGGAGUUCAAAGCGUUGACGGCGAAAAUCAUUGGUCGCGCGACCAAAUAUUCGCUUCUCUUGGAAACUAUCCUCAAGAGCGAGGUCCAAUUCAGCACCGAAUAUGAGUUGACGCAGAAGGCUUUGGAGGUUCAACAGUCCCCAAUUUUUGAUUCCAAUCAAGUGUCUGAUCAGAUGUCCAAGCGCUUUGCUGCCAAAAUCGACAACAACUUGUGCUUGGCUCAGCUGCACCGACGAUGGGAGGAAAUCCGAGCUCAAAUUGAUCCAGCCUCGUCGACCACCAUCCACAUAACAGACCGACAACGCACUGAUUCUGUCAUUUCUCCCACUUUUGGGGUAUUUUUUGAGUAUAUGGCAAAAGUUCUUGAUUUUUACCUUACAUAUAUAAUGCGCUUCGUGUUGAAAAUAGUCCACAAUGUGAGAUUUUUUACUUUUUUUAGAGGAGCAAAUAUAUACAAAAAGUAGAUUUGGCGAGCGUUUUCAUUGAACAAAUUAGAUCCUGACAACAAGUGGAAACAUUUUCGCAGCUCGCUUUUCUUUGCCUUUUUUCCUUUUCGUUUUUGAUCUGAUACAUUCAAAUUUGUUCGCAGCUGGAAUCGUUGAAUGUGGAAGGCCGCGUCCUUCGACACGUGGGCGAAGUCUACUUGAAGCAGUCGUCUCUUCCUGGAAACAGUCACAAUCACAGCUCUCGAGACCGCAUACCAGGUUUCCUCCAGGAGAUCCCAGAGUAAUAACGCAGUUCUUCAGUUCACCUGGUCCUUUUCGAUGACAUCCUCGUUAUCCUCUACCGCAAAGGAAAUCGAAUUCAUUUCUUGCCGGUUAGCCCUAAAUUGAAACCUUUCCUAACUUUUUCUUUGUAGGAUCAAGCAGUUUUUCCCUUGGAAACGCUGAUUAUCCGGACUUUAGAGCGGGGUCUGUCAGUUAUGCUCAUCUCGAGAACAAAGCCAACCCUGUUGGAAAUCGAGUUUUCAACUAGGACUGACCGCUCCAAAUGGACUUCCCUGAUAGAAAAUGCGAUUUCAAACGCCCCGAAGAACGGUAUAACUUCCACAGAUCGCUUUUUGCUCUAGUUGUAGAUUUUAGGAGUUCGACUCGCUGCUGACAACAAAUCUGAAAUUCAACGACAACUUCUGCGGCAGAAAAAACAAGAAGACGAUUGGCUGGAAAGGCUCAUCCAAAUAUUCGGUAACUUUGGAGUUUUUUUCCGUCUAAUCCUAUGUGUUGCUAGCCUCGCGAGCUAGCGAAGAAGACGUCCUCAGCCGGUACCUCGAGUCACGUCUCAAGUUUUUCGACGAACUCCGAGCCCACAUCUCUCUUAUGCCCUUCCAGCAGCGCCAAGACAUCCCCGUAGGCUUUCCUCUCGCUUUUUUCUUCUUUCAUUUCGCAUUUCCAGGACCGGGUUAGGAAGGCUGUUUCUCAACAGUUUCGGCAACUUCGCAACGCUCGCACGACUCCUCUCAAUCGAUGUAUGCAUUAAAGUCUUUUUCUAUUUUUCCUGAAUGCUUACAGUAACUCUCAUAGGAAACUGUUAAACUUUUUUCAAAAUCUAAAGUGUACGAACUUCACAUUUUGCUACUUUUGAAAUAUUUUCCAACUGCAUACUCCUGAAUUCCUUGACUUCUGACUUUUCUUUUGGCUCACCAACCAAAAACUGCUUGCAGUGGUGGAUCGGAUGCAGAGGUCCCGGGACAGCGACCUUUGCUCCUUCUUCGACGACGAGGCUGACGCGGCCGAAGUGCCCGAAAAGUCGAGCGAGCUCUCGGACGACUCGUCUUCUUCGGAAUCCGGCUCAACUUCUCGCAAGCCACGACGCUUUCAGACUUUCCACGGAACUUCGCAGCAAGAACAACCUUCCUCCUCCGACAGUGAGAAUUUAUCUUUUUAAGUGUUCAAUUUUGUUCUCAAUAUCAGAGAGGGUGUGAAUAAGUAUAAUUGAGAUUUUAAAAAUUGAUUUAAAAAAAAUGUGAGAUAAGAGAAUUCGGUUGUCGUUUUUUUGUUGAUUACGCUGAACGAUGUGGAAAAGGCUCUUUUGAAAUUUUCUUUAUGGAAAAAAAAGAAUAAAAAAUUUUUUUGAAGUUUUUCCAAAGAUAUUGCUUUUAAAGCUGAUUUUUGUAAAAAUUGUUAUCAUUUAGAGUAACGUGGUCAGCAAAAAUUAGAUUCGAAAUAAAAGAGCCGUUUUUAGAGCCUUUCAUUGGGUAUCAAUCGGUCUAAUUGAAAUUUUUUUCAAAAUUAUUUACUUUUUAAAUAGUGUAAAAGUUUACAAUUUACACUGAAAUAUUCUUUUUGCAAAUUUUUCACGACCGUAGAAACAAUGAAAGAUAUGAAUGAAAGUUAAAUACUAUAUGUGAUAUUUUUUUCUAAUGAUGGCUGUUUUCAGAAGCGGCGAUUCGUCGUCAUACGACUGUACCAAGAAUGACGAGCGAAAGUGGCCUCGCGCCCCCUUCACUAUUGGAUACGAACCAGAUGGAAGACGUUUCCGAGGAGUCGGUACGACCGCGUGGAGAGUCUCAGAUCGACCGCAAGAAGUACGACGACUUGCGAAGAAGACUUCCGGUUCGUGAUGGACAGGGAGAGAAACACGAAGCAUAGUUUCAGUUGGGACUGAGUUUGAAGGCUCGUCGCGCCUCGACGAAGCUCAUCAAAGAAGUGAUCGAACUGCGCAAGGAGAACCACGUGCUGCGCAAUGACAGUGCGCUGUGAGAGGCUCCCCAGCUCUCUCUUUUAAAAGCAGCUGAUUCCAGGGUGAGGUCGCGAUUGGCGCUUCUCGAACGGACUCGCGGCGGUUCUUCGCUCUCUUCAGCUUCAACCGUCGGCGAGUCAAUGGAAGCCCUGCGUCGCAAAGAACAACAAAUCCGCGACUGGCAGAAGAGCAUGGAGGAUCGCGAGGCUGAUCUCGAGGGAAAGUAUCGAGAAAUCGACGUGAGUUGCUCACCCGAUUCCUCGCCAACGCGGCAGCUCUUCAGAAGCAAGAAGCUGAGUUGUCGGAGAAGUGGGCUGCGCUCCAUCGAGCCGAAAGUCGCGCCAACGAGGUCUUCCCACGGUCGCCUAUCCACACGACUGUUCACGCCAACUACCGCACACAUAAUAUGUACGUUCCUUUUUUAUUCUGUCUUAUAUCGAUUCCCAUAUUUUCAAAUCUUCAUUUUUUUUUAAAUUAUAGAUUCGAUCCUGACGUUACUUAUGUGGUGAGUGAGUAAAAAUUUAGUUUUUUUUUUUUCUGUUUUAACCUUGUAAACAAUAUCGUCGUUAUUAAUCAGGAAAUUUGUGAUAACAUCGUCCAGAAUGAAGCUUUUCUGAGUUGGAUAAUCAUGCAUACUCUAAACUUGCAGGAAAAUUAACUGUUUCUUUUGCUUUUUAUUUACUUUUUGUGCCUUAUUUGUGUCUUUUGCAAACGGAAAAUCAAUUUUAUGGAAGUCUCGGACUCAAGAAACGAAUCAAUCAAAUUUUCAUGAAAACUCAUACAAUUUUGAGGUCAUGAGCAGUUUUUUUUUUUUUGAAUGAUGAGGGGAAUUUUGUUUUGUCUUCAAAAAUAAUCUCUGUUUAACAGCCUGAUGUGUUCCUCGGUUGCUUUCGAAAAAAGGUUUUUGAAUCUUCAUUUUUAGGGCACCACCAGCAUCUCGAAGCAUUGA